GAACACUACUCAAGAGGAGGCCAAACCAGUAGAAGUAGAAGCAGGGAUCAAAAAUGACAAAUAUCCUUAUUUCAAUGAUGAAUUUGACUUAGGUGAGAUAGGCACCAAUGAAAUUGAAGAGCCACAAACUCCUGAACACCAAAUCCAUAGACAAAACUCUGACAAUGAUUCCACAUCAGAUGAAUUGCCUGAGAUGAAAUCAUUACAACCAGAUGAAGUAUUACUUCAAAAAAUCCUAGUUGAAAUCCUUGAUAAAUUCAAAUCUAAAGACCUUGCAUUGAAUAAAACCUUUAUGGAAUCUAAUUUUCUUAAUAAUAUCAUUGAUCUAAGCGACAAAGAUGUACACAAAACUGAAGUCAAAGCAACACCACAGAAGUCAAAACAAAAAAUUGUUGAUUGA